CUUAACAGCGUCAGUUCCGUUGGACGUCGGAUCUCUGUAUAGAUAUUAAUUAUAGCCUUAACAUUCCGUUACUUUGUGUACCUUGACUGUGACGUAUCUGCUUUGUUAGUGUAAUACAUAAAUAACAUACUUUAUGCUAAUAGUGGGAUGAUGUACGCAAUUUGGAUGGAUCUAAACGAUUUUAUUUUUUAAAGACGCGCUAUUAUUUACGUGUAAUAAUUAACGCCUGCGGUCCUGCACCUACCACUGCACCAGGGGGCGCUAAUGCGUUCCGCAAAGGUGCCGCGGCCGCUUCUCAGCGAACCAUAAAAGGAGACGUGUGGUGACGUCACGCAGCUGGGCUUCCCGAAGAGGGAAGAUGAUGGCGGCGUCCAAGGUGAAGCAGGACAUGCCUCCCGCGGGGGGCUACGCGCCCCUCGAUUACAAGCGGAAUCUUCCCAAACGGGGCUUUUCUGGUUACACCUUGUUCGGUAUCGGUAUCGGGGUGAUGCUCUUCGGCUACUGGAGGCUCUUCAAGUGGAACCGCGAGAGGAGGCGUCUGCAGAUCGAGGAGCUGGAGGCCAGAAUCGCUCUGCUCCCACUGCUGCAGGCAGAGCAGGACAGGAGGACGCUGCGGAUGCUGCGCGAGAACCUGGAGGAAGAAGCCAAGAUCAUGAAGGAUGUCCCCGGAUGGAAGGUGGGCGAGAACGCGUUCCACACGGACCGCUGGGUGCCCCCCACGAACGAGGAGCUCUUCAACCUCCGGCCGCAGGAGCAGCUGCUGCACAAGAAGUUUGGUUUCCAGUGGUACGUGUAGGAGAGGGGGCUGAGCUCCGCCCACCAGGCCUCCGAGCUCCGCCCACCGGGGGCCGACCAGCUGCCGGAGGACAGCGGCUUCCGCUGUCCGUCACUUGACGUUCCUUGUAAAUGUUAAUAAUUAAAUGUGUUUUCUGUA